CUGAACGUUAAUUAUUGACGGGAGCAGAGUGGGAACCCGCUGUUCAGCUUGUCAACAGGUUAACACAACAACCACAAGACCAAGCAAACCCUUCCCCCGCGCAAGGCUGGCACGCCGCUGCUGUAGUAGCAGUCAGUGAGCAAAUGCACACGCAGAACAAGCGACAAUGACAAGGGAAGCCCUGCCCCCUGUAGAACACUGUCAUUCUGCGCAAAGCGGGACUUUUGUAAAUUUGGUUUUGCGGUGCUGUAUUAAUCAUUAAACAGAAGACUGAGUGUAAAGUAAGGAGCCCUCUGUAUGUAUGUACUGUGUGCAUGAAUAGGGGUUGGAGAAAAAAAACGCACACACGCUUGACUGAUUCGUUUUUUGUAGGGUAAAACCCGCAUCUCCCUUAAUGGAAUUAAAGGCGCUCGUCACUAAUGAAUUCCCGCAAUUUAAAGGCCUUGCAGACUAUGCGGUCAGGUCAAAUCAGCGCUGUCCUUAGUACCCUAAUCUUGACAGUGUUAUUAUUAUUAUUAUUAUUAUUAUUAUUAUUAUUAUUAUUAGUCGUAGUAGUUGUUUCAGUAGCAUUAGAAAACAGCGCCUCGGUUCGGGCUUUUUAGGGUGACCAUGGUGCGGAUGUUGCUGUCCGUGGUGCUGAUAACCUCACCGUUCCACUUGGGGGCGGAUGAGGGAUCAUCUGACGCGGUGUUGCUGGGGAGAGCUGCCUGGCUUCACACUGAUGAGGCUAACUAAAGAGACUUUAGAGAGGAUUCCCCAAAUCUGACACCUAUAGAUGAAGACAUUUAAGGACAACGCAAUGUCUGCGUAAAAUAAACGGAAGGAGUCGCUGAUUUUUGUUUGUCUCGCUUUAACCUACAGAAGAAAGGGGGGGUGUUUCUCCUGUCGCUCUCACAAACAAUAUGAAGACAACAACAAAGGGAUUUCAUUAAUCCAUUCAUUUCUCCUGUCUAUUUCGAAACGCGGACAUUAUUGCGAAUCCUAUCAAGGUGCUUUGGAAAUUGAUUAUAUAUAAGCCAUUGAAAAGAGUCCUUUUGAAAAAAAAAUUCAUCAUCAGAUGACGUAAUACAAAGCAAAUACAAAGAACAUUGAAAUCUGUGCCAAGCAUCGCUGUGUGCAUCACCGGCCGUUUAUUACAAUCCAACCAGCCCGGCCGUAUACGGGCGAUGCUCGUUCAUGCUUCUGUCUCUUACCAUUUCUCUGUAUAAACUCUGCAGAUCUUUCUCCAUGUUUAGCUCCGAAAGACUCUUAGUUCCCGAAUAUGUUUCCCGGCUACAGACCCGGAGAUCCGGCCCGGAUCCCAAGGCAGUAUCUCCGGGUCUGAGCACCGAUGUCCGGGCAGCUUUAGAUGCAGCCCUGCCCCCGCUCCGCGCCGCUAUCCGGACUCUGAAAGAGGCCGAAGAAACCUCGAAUUUAGGGGAGAUUCGGCAGGGCAUCGCGCAGACAUUCCAGCUGGUCCAGGAAGCCUGGGUGCUGCCCACGGUCGGAAGGCAGGUCGCCGAGGAGAUCUGCAAUAUAAUCCGGCUGGAAGGGGCCCUCGACCUGCUUCUCAAGCUGCUGCAGUCCCCCGAAGUGGAGAUCAAGUACGAGUCCACCAAAUUACUGGAGCAAAUACUCACAUCUGAAAACAGGGACCGCGUGGCGCGGAUGGGUCUGGGGGUGAUCCUGAACCUGGCCCGCGAGCGAGAUGAUGCUCAACUUGCCCGCAGCGUCUCUGGUAUCCUGGAGCACAUGUUCAAGCACACGGAGGAGACUUGCUCCCAGCUCAUCAGCAAUGGAGCGCUGGACUCCGUGCUGUACUGGUGCCGGGGCACCGACCCCACCGUGCUCCGCCACUGCGCCAUGGCCCUGGCCAACUGCGCCAUGUACGGGGGCCACGCCUGCCAGCGGCGGAUGAUCGAGAAGCAGGCGGCCGAGUGGCUCUUCCCGCUGGCCUUCUCCAAGGAGGACGAGCUGAUCCGUUUCCACGCCUGCCUGGCGGUGGCUGUGCUCGCUGCCAACAGGGAGGUGGAGGGGGAGGUGGUGCGCUCCGGCACCCUGGAGCUUGUGGAGCCCUUCAUCGCCUCGCUGGACCCGGACGAGUUCGCGCGCAGCCUCCUCGACAGCUCCGACAACACCCAGGGACGCACCGCCGCCGACCUGCAGCACCUUCUGCCCCUGCUGGACGGGGCCCGUCUGGAGGGGAAGUGCAUCGCUGCCUUCUACCUGUGCGUGGAGACCAGCAUCAAAUCCAGGCAGAACAACACCAAGAUAUUCCAAGAGAUUGGCGCAGUGCAGAGCCUGAAAAGGAUAGUCAGCUACUCCAGCAAUGGAACCACCUCGUCUCUCGCCAAGCGGGCGCUAAGGAUGAUGGGAGAGGACAUCCCACGGCGCAUCUCUCCCGCCGUGCCUAACUGGAAGUCCGGCGAGGUGCAGACCUGGCUGCAGCAGAUCGGCUUUACCGCUUACACCGAGCGCUUCCAGGAGCUGCAGGUGGACGGAGACCUGCUUCUGAACAUUACUGACCUGGAGCUGCGCAUCGACCUGGGCAUGACGGCCGGCCUCACCAGGAAGAGGUUCCUCAGGGAGCUCCGAGAGCUGAAGACCUACGCCAACUACUCGACCUGCGACCCCAGCAACCUGGCGGACUGGCUGGGGGGGGUGGACCCGCGCUUCCGGCAGUACACCUACAAUCUGCUGCAGGGAGGCCUGGAAAGGAGCUCCCUGCCCCGGGUCACAGAGCAGCAGCUCCAGGCAGACUGCCUCGUGCAGAACGGACUUCACCGCACCAAGAUCUUGGUGGCAGCAAAAGAGCUGCUCCAGACCCCCCCACCCUGCAGUACCUGCGAGCUGCAACCAGAGGGCCCCGAUGUGUUCAUCAGCUAUCGGAGGACAACCGGCUCCCAGCUUGCCAGCCUGCUAAAGGUGCAUCUCCAGGUCCGUGGGUUCAGCGUGUUCAUCGACGUGGAGAAGCUGGAGGCCGGCAAGUUUGAGGACAAGCUGAUCCAGAGCGUGCAGCGAGCGCGCAACUUCAUCCUGGUGAUGUCGGCCGGGGCGCUUGACAAGUGCAUGGGGGACAGCGACAUGAAGGACUGGGUCCACAAGGAGAUCGUCACAGCCCUGAACGGAGGGAAGAACAUUGUCCCCGUGACUGACCACUUCCUGUGGCCCGAGCCCAGCAGCCUGCCCGAGGACAUGAGGGCCGUCCUCAACUUCAACGGAGUCAAGUGGUCCCACGAGUAUCAGGAGGCCACUAUUGAGAAGAUCAUUCGGUUCCUGCAAGGCCAGCCCUGCAGAGAUCGCUCCAGCUCUCCUGACAGUCUCUAA